AUGGAUGACUACUUUGCCAAGAUUACUGCGUCAGUGAACGAACGGGACUUGCCAUUAACCGUGUGGUUGCCACAUUCGUCCGGUCGGGACUUUGUGAACGCCUCCUUCAACGAGUAUCCGAUUAACAAGAUUAUUCUGUCAGGCAAGCUAGGCUCGAACUGGUAUCCGCUACGACACUGGCUGGGAAUUUAUCAGCAAGACCAUAGGGACAUCAUGGAUGUGUAUCAGCAUUCCGGUUAUUAUGUAGCAGACAACCAGUCGGCCAUCUACGCGUCGUAUCUGCGCUCGUAUCGCACGGGCAUCACAACAACGUUGAUUUUCCAGUACGUCAUUGCAAAGAUCUUCGAGAUUCCUUCAACAGGGACACUGUUGGCUGUAAAUCGUGACGUGGCCCCACUGCUGGCUGCACUGGGGAUGAACGAGGGCGAGCAUUAUAUUGGAUUCGAUCGGCGGGACCCAGAGGAGAUCGUUUGGUGGGUAAACGACCCUCGCAACUGGCCAGAAAUCGAUCGGAUCCGUCGCGCUGGGAUGGAACUUGUACGGGAGAAGCAUCUGGUGACGAACCGUGUGAAGGCACUAGAUCUGUUCAUGAUGGAGGGUGAGGCGGUGUACCAGAACCCGCCCGCAUUGCACCUUAAAAGUCCGUGCCCGUCCAAGGCGCUGCCAGACGAGCACGAAUGCCAGACGAGAUUCGAUCGCGAGUCGUUCUACAAGUGUGAUCGAUGGUUCUGCGGUGCGCACUCGAUCUUGCACUAA